AUGUGGUUCGAUUCUGCCCUGUGGCGUCGGUAUCUGGAGCUCGACGACACGAGAGAGGAGGCGGCACGUCGCACAGUAACUUCAUUUCUGUCCGCGAUGUUGCCCGAGGUGGCUGGCCGGAUGGAGCAGAUCAUGUACAGUGAAAUGUACAGCAGCAGGGACAGAGAUUCUCAACGCUUCCGAGAUGCUCACGAUCUAAUGAUUCACAUAUCCAUCCAUCUGCUCAACUGGAGGGGCGACGUCUACAAGACGUCGCAGGAUUGGCGCGCCUGGUUGCGGUCGAUCGAAGCCAGGUGCGUCGAAUUGAUCGGCGCAUAUGGCGGUGGAGGUGGCAGCACCCCCACAAACUCUUUAUCACUCGAAAGGUGGUCUUAUCGCUAG